AUGUCGUUCGCCCGAGCCGCGCCCUGGGAGGACUACGUUGCCAUCGGCCUGCACCUCGGCUGCGAGGUCCUGUACGAGAGCGCCUACCAGUUCGUCGCGCUCAUGUGCGAGUUCGGGCCCGCCAGAAACGAGCGCAACCAACGCGAGAUUGCCUUCUGGAACCCGGGUGACAAGUUCCGCCGUGUCCUCGAGGCCAUAUUUGCCAGACCGCCAGAAUACCGAGACUUCCGUCGUGAUGAGCUGCGCAACCUAGUCUCGAUGAUCGCGUACAACGUCCGGGCCGCCCCAGAGUCGGGUGACCGAAAGACCUGCCUGAACUGCAAGCAAUGCGUGCUGGACUAUUUGGACAAGGUCAUGAAGGACUGCGGUAUCUCGCCGCGCGUUGAGACAGCCAGCUUCCGCGACUCGCACAUCACGAUGCUGAACAACCUGUCGAACGAGUUCAUCAACGAGUUGGUGGAAGAUUUCUGCUUCUACUGCGCGCGCGCCUUUUCGCGCAUCCUGCGCGCGGGGCACGGGACCAUCCUCGCCGUCGGCUCCGACUGCGCGCUGUACAAGGCCAAUAUUAGGGCCUGA